UCAGAUGGUCUUUGCCGUUGAAGGAAAGGGACACGCUAGUCGCUUGUUUGUUUGUUGUUCGGCUCAGCUGAUACGGACGUAGUCGUAGUCGUCGUUAGUUACACACCUAGAAGACUUGGGCCAGGUUUUUUGGGCGACCGGCUUCAAGGAUCGUCGGCUACGCGUUUAUGAUCCGAUAUUUCGAGAUUUAUUUUGAACUUUUUGGACGGUUAGUGCGUUGAGUAAUAGUUGUUAGUUUGGAUUAUUGGAUGCGGAUAAUGCUAAAGGAUUUAAAAAAUUAAACGUUGGUCGGUAUGUGGUUCACAAUGCUACCAGUGGUUGCAUUUGCAACAGUUGUCUAUGGGAUUCCCUGCGAAGAAGCACGAAUGAAAUGCAUGUACAGGGUGGGAUGUGGGAAAGCUCUGCAAAACUACAUGGUUGGGUGUUCAUUGGUUCUUCAAGAAUCAGCUAUUGAUUACUGUCCGAAAGUUUGCGAAUACUCUCUAAUCGCCCUUGUAUCAACGGAAGAAGGAAAAGCUCUUAUGGAAUGUGAAUGUAGUGACCCUUAUUGCCAGCACGAGAAGGAACGAACCGAAAUUUGUAAGCCGAGUGUGAUCAAAACCAUCAAUGAACCGGUUGUUGCUUGUCGAAUAGCACAGCGAAUCUGCAACGCAAAUGCAGCAUGUGCGACUGCAUUCGACUACUACCAGAGAAACUGCAAGGCAAUGUUUCAUGGGAAGAAGUGCACUCCGAAAUGCCACAAUUCCAUCAGUAUUCUUAGAAGACAAGAAAAAGCACAGCAACUGAAAAUGUGCACAUGCGAUGGCAAAGAAGAUUACGAUUGUCCAAAAAUUCAACGGAAUAUGGAAAAACUCUGUUUCCAUAAAGCGCAUCAUCGCUAUAAUGCCACAACGCCAACUGUGAAUGUGCAUUCGGAACAAACGCCUGAAGUCAUACGGACUUCUUCAAGUGAAUGUUUAAGAGUGUCUUUGAUUGUGUUGUUUGUCAGUUUGUUGUUGCUUAGGACACGGUAAUGUGUAAUUUUGACGCUAAAAUUUUUUCUACCUCGAUUGAUCAUUCAGUAUUUAUGGAUGUUUCCACAGACUGUGAUAUUAUUACUAUAAUGAGAGAAUUAAAUAUGUGCAGACGAACUGUUAGUGCAUGUGUAGAUCGUAAUUUUCUGGAAAGAAAGUAGUGGAUAAUUGAGAUUUGCCAUCAAGCUUAACUGAGGAAAGGAAUAAAACUGGCUUUCUUUUGUAUGUGAAAAUGAUUUAGGAAAGUGAUUAAACUUGGAUAGUUUGGGUAAAGUAGAAAAAUUGUAUUAUUGAGGAGGUUGCAACCUAUUCAACCUAUGCAAGUUGAGCAUUUUCAUUUUCCAAACUUUGAAAGAACUUUGAAAGUGUGGCCAACAGAUUCAUUAAGUUUUUUGCUACAUUUUUGUUUUCAGGUAAUAUUUUUCUUGAUAUUUCGUACACGUCAAAUUACUGCUUUUAACCAAAGAAAAAUGUAUUGCUCUUUUGUGUUCCAUGUGAAUCCUAAUGGAAGUGUUUCCCGACUUAUUUCACGUUAAAGGGGAUAAAUAAAAAAACUGAAAGAAAGAAGAAAGAAAGAAAAAGAAAACUUUUGUUUUAAUCAAAUUGUGAUUGUUUUGCAAGCAGUUUUUUAUUACGUUUCUGUUAUCUAAAAACAUUUAAAAUGUUUUGUCAAUUUUAGCAAGCUGCAGCAAAUAACGAUAUAAUCUGAUACUUGUUUGAAAUGUUUGACAAUAAUUCCUUCAUCGAGUCCUUUCAACUUCUCGGUUAACUUGCCCUCUUUUUGCUGUCUUUGCCACCUGGAGAAAAUACAGGGUCGUCCUCACCUACAGUGUAUUCACUAGAUGAUACUACAUAAUUGCACUUAGGUCUUACAAAUGGAAAUUUCUUCGUUUCAUUCGUUUCGUUCAGCAACUUAACAUCGACACUUAUAUGUCAUAUUAUCUCACUGGGUUGAAAAUUUACGAUUUUAACACUGAAAAAUAUAGAGUAAAAGUACUACAGUACAGGCUGGAGGGUAUUUUAUUUGCGCUAAAUAUAAAAAAUCGUAAGUAUGUGUAGAUCAAAAUUAAUUUCUUUAACUCUAAUAGAUUUAGACUGCCUUAGUACAAAAUCAAAUAGUUUUAAUGAUCAACCAUCAAUAAAAGCAUACCUGUUUAAUUCUUCCUAACAUAAAUAAAGUAUAGUAUAAUUAUUGUACUUAACUAUUUGAGAUUUCUACAUGUAUUCAAAAUAAUAGUGAAUAUUUGCAUAAAAUACCAAUGUUUAUUUAGAAAACCAAAGGAGAGCUUGCCGCUGUAUAUAAAUAGCUUUAAAUUAUUGAAAUGUUAUCAAAUUGUCACAGGCUGGCCCUUCUUGCUUUAAUAUAUUUUUAUGUCAAUAAGUUAUUUAUUAUUAUCCAAUGUAUUAUUCUACUUUUACAUUACAAAUUGGUAUUAAUAUCCAUUGUAGUGUCAGAAAAUACUGUAACGAUUUUUAAUUUGCUAUUUGAGUUUCAAAAUUUAUUGUAAAUUAUGUAAAUUUAGUAUUUUGUCGACGUUUAAUACAAUUAGAAUGUUUAAUGUAAUUAGAAUAGUGUAUAGCGAAUUGUAAAAUAUUUUUAUAUUGUGAAAAUAAAUGGAAGUUCGUUAAAAUGUGA